AUGGCCGCCCAGCCAGUCCCUCCGCCUCAUCCUCCACUUCUAGAAGGUUCUCUUGUACUGUCGGCCAUCGGAGCGACUCUUUUGCUCUCGAAGCGGCUGGUGGAAGCUGAGUACGGGCGCCUCGAUCCUGAAGAAUGGGAGAGUCUGCCCUCCGCCCACGUCACCUUCAGGGACUGUCUGAAGGUCGCCCUCCACCUCCAGGCCACGCAGACGAUCUUCUCCAAGAUGUUCCUCGAUAUUGUGAGACUUGAGAAGGUACAAGAACUCCUAUGGCAGCUAGUGAGGUACUUCGGAGAACUGUUCCUGCAGGCAGACCUCAUCAGGGGAAUCGAGCCUCCCGCAGUAGGGAACCAGAAGUCCCUGCAGAUGAGGUGGGAGAGGCGUCUGACGGCUGUCCUCGACCCCCUGGCUUCUACGUAUGGCCUGCUGGUACUGGGACACGGCCUGGAGAACUUGCAUCAUAUGAAGCGAGGCCGGAGUCUGCAGAGCUACGGAUCACGAGACAACAGCAUCUUCGAACGCCUGUACGAGCUCUGCGAACUUCUCGUCUGGAUCGUCUUUCGGCGCCGAGAUCGUCCCGUCGUGCACGCUGAGAUCACGAGGCUGUUCAGGGGCGAAGUGAACCUGGAACAGCAGCAGCAACAGCAACUGCAACAACAGCAGCAACAGCACAGUCAGGUGUCGUACCAUCAUCACCUGGACGACCCGCUCGAACAGAGGCCGAAGCAUCGCAAGAAGGGGCCGUCGCUUUCGAAGGUUGUCCAGGAGAGUUCUGGGCUGAUGGUUCGCAAAGUUCCGGAGAUGUCACUCACCCAGACGAUCAGUUCCUCAGCUGAAGCGCUACCUGCUCUCACCUAUGAUAACGAAGACGACAUACUGAGUAGUCAAGGGUUAUGGCUGAUCGGGGCAAAAAGGGCAGAUCUGAACGAGUAUUUGGAACCCGCUGUUCAAGAGAUCGAUCAACUGAGUCUGCUUGAUUAA